CUUUUGAUUUCAAGAUGAUCUCCAGAUUAACCCAAUGACAGAAUAUACUUUUCACCGUCUCAGGAUUAACUCAGACUAUGAUUCGAGGGUGGAAGUUCAGAGACAGACUUCUGAGGGGCUCGGUUAGCAAGGGCAGGAGAGGUAGUCACCAACAUUUGAGAUGCACCAGCUACAUCCAUUUCAACGAUGUGAAGGUUGAAGUGCAAGAGUCGGCGAGACCGGAGAAGGUGCCUGUUGGACAAGCAUUUCCGAUUGAGAGCGAUUUCAUCAACAGACAUCUAAGAUGGCUGGCACAGAAAGACUCCUUAGGCCAAGACGUCUUCCUCCUCGGAUCACCCGGUCCACUGAGACGCCGAGUGGCACUCUACUACGCCGAGUUGACCAACCGAGAGGUGGAGUACCUCGUCAUUACCCGAGACACGACCGAGAGUGACAUCAAACAGAGACGAGAGAUCGAAAAUGGAAGGACUGUUUAUGUAGAUCAGUCUGCUGUCAAGGCGGCUCUCAACGGCAGUGUAUUACUGGUUGACGGAGUUGAAAAGGCGGAGAGGAAUAUUCUGCCCAUUCUGAACAAUCUUUUAGAAAACAGAGAAAUGCAAUUGGACGAUGGCAGGUUCCUGGUGGCACCACAGAGAUACGAUCAAUUGCUCCAGAAAUAUAGCAAGGAAGAGCUCAAAUCGAAGAAACUGGAACGAGUUAAUGAGAACUUCAGAGUCAUAGCUUUGGGUCUUCCAGUACCCAAAUUUAGAGGUAACCCCCUGGACCCUCCGAUUCGAUCCAGAUUUCAGUCCCGUAAAAUUACAGCACUACCCUUCAAUGAAAUGUUUGAACUUAUGUCGUCUCAAUCGGAAGAACUGUCUUCUACUGAUGUUUCUGCAAUGUUGACGUACGCUCAAAUUAUAAACUCGCCAGAAUCAUCAAGUUUAGGUGUACCACACUUCCCUGAAAUGGCUCUUACGUCAUUGGUGAAAGCUCAAAAUCAUUUUGGAAGAAAUAUUGACGUGAACAAGUUGUUGUUUUUGGUGUAUCCGCAUAAACUUCUCCCAAAAGAAGUUGAGAAAAAGGUGGAAGACAUAGUAAAGAAGUGUGUAAUUCCAACCGAACCGGAAUCGACCAAUCAGAAACCUGGGUAUAGGGAGGCGGCAAGUCGAGCUCAAAAUACUUCUGAGGAUUAUGUUCCGAAUCAGAAACAUGAAGAACUAUUGCAAGAUAUGUCCAGGAGCUUCGCUAUGGGAUCAGAUCUCUGCCUUGUUGGACCCAAAUCAAGUGGAAAAUCAAUAGUAGCAAGACACUUCGCUCAUCUAAGAGGUCAGCAGGUCGAGACAUUCAUGCUGUACAACGACAUCACAGCACGUGACAUACUCCAGCAAAGGUCAACUAAACCUAACGGAGAUACCUUUUGGAACAAUUCGCCUCUCAUAGACGCGGCCUUAGAAGGAAAAAUUGCCAUUUUGGACGGGUUGCACCACGUUGAACAAGACACGUUACCAGCGAUACAGAGUUUAGUACACGAUAGAGAAGUUACUCUAUUUGAUGGAGCAAAACUAAUUUCGAAGCAAAAGUUUGAACUACUGCAAGAGAAAAUGAACAGAGAUAAUCAGCAGUUAAACAGACGAGGCGUCUUUGCAAUCCCAGAAGAGUUUAGGAUCUUAGCUUUAGCGGAACCUCCGAACUUAAAAAGUGGAGUUAAUUGGCUAAAUUCAGAAAUUUUGAGCAUGUUUCAUUUUCACAUGGUGAACGCAAUCGAAAAUUCGGAGCAAAUUAACUUGUUUACGGAACUAUAUCCGAGUGUUGAUCCUAAACUGAUAUCGGAAAUUUGUUCAUUUUCAACUUCAUUGAAAAAAUCAAAAGACGAAAAUUUGCAAGCUUUAUCGGGUUGCUUGUCUACAAAGCAAGUAAAACGCUUGCUGAAGUUAAUUUCAGACGAUUCUACCAUUGAUGUUCGCAAGUCAGUCGAAAGUGCAUUUAUGCCUCAGUUUUUGCCACCUUUGCCUCAAAAAGCAUUCAUAGAAUUCAUCCAACAGCAAAACUUCACUACACUGCCCAAAAAGAGUGGAAGUGAAAAAUUGGAUAGUCCGUUUUUGUUUUCGAAAGAUACGGAAGUUCUGGAAGCUACAGACGAAUCUCUGAUUCCUCAAACUCUGUUCUUCGAAAAUGAAGAGCAAACGAAGAUUCUAGAAAACAUGAAGAGGUCUUUUGCUAUCGGAGAACAUCUUUUACUAGUCGGAAAUCAAGGCGUGGGUAAAAAUAAACUAGUCGACAAAAUGCUGUCCCAACUUUCGAAACCAAGACAGUAUAUACAGUUGCAUAGGGAUACAACAGUGCAAGCGUUGACAGUUCAACCUAGUGUUAAAGAUGGCAAAAUUGUGUAUGAAGAUUCGCCUUUGAUCAAAGCUGUCAAAAAUGGACAUGCCCUAGUGGUAGAUGAGGCUGACAAAGCACCCACACACGUGACAAGUAUUCUGAAAGGUCUCGUUGAAGAUAAGUUCAUGCAUUUGUCAGAUGGACGAAAAAUAGUCGCUAAGCUACCAGAAAAGUUUGACCAACGUAGUGAGAAAAUUAUUGUGUGCCAUCCAAAUUUCCGGAUGAUUGUUUUGGCAAAUCGACCUGGUUUCCCGUUUUUGGGAAACGAUUUCUUUGCCGCAAUGGGAGACCUUUUUUCAUGUCAUGCUAUUGAUAAUCCAGGAAAAGAUUCUCAGAUUGAAAUGUUAACGAGAUAUGCUCCUAAUGUUGAUCGAGAAAUCGUUAUUCGGCUUAUUGAUGCGUUCGAUGAACUACGCGAUCUUUCGAACCAAGGCGUAUUAUCUUAUCCGUAUUCGACUCGUGAACUUGUAAAUAUUGUGAAGCAUUUAGAAGAAUUCCCACGUGAUGGAAUUCCAAGAGCUAUUCAGAAUAUUUUCGAUUUUGACGGGUUUGAUGAUCAAAAUCUGACAGAAGUGAACAAAGUCUUGAAGAGAAACGGAAUCCCCGUUUCUACAGGAAAAGCUCAAGUUCAUAUGGCCAAAGAAGUACCUCUACCUGAUUUUAAGAAGAUAUCAGUCAUUAGAAGCGAUAUUGACAAUCCAAUAUCAGCUACGCAAAAAAUCGUAGCGACCAACAUGGAUUUCGAUUCUACAAGAUUAUCACCAGAAAUGAGAAAAAUGCAGACUUAUUCGCCGAGAGCAGAAUUUUUUCAAGAGCAGAAAAAGAUAGUAUCGAUUCCGAUCGAUAAAAGUUCGGCUAUUUGUGAUAUGAAAGCGCUUAAAAUUGCAGAAAACAUGAACAGUCCAGCUGGUGUUUUUGCAGUUUCGUUGUUUCCAUGCAAAUUGUUUUUUGUUCCGACUGAAAGCAGCGUGCAGACUUUGAAUCAAACAUCUUGUUCGUGUACCGACUUGAGCAAGGUUUUUGACCGAACCAGUUUAUGUACAACUUUACAACUGAAUUUUGUGAGAGCAGAGAAUAUUGGUAGUGGAAAUUUUUCUGUUGCUUGUUACUCGCCUCAAAAUAAUAUUUUACUCUUAGUUGACCCAGCUAACAACCAAGGGAAAAUUCUGAAUUUGGAACGAUUAACAAAUGAAGGACCUUCAAAUGCUAUGAGUUCUGUUUUCAGAAGAGGAAAAGUUUCUGCUGGAUCAUUCAAAAUGGUUAGCAGCGAAGCUGUAAAUUCAAAGUUAGUUUUCUAUAAACCAAAUAGCGAAAAAAUGCUAGUGCUUGAUUUCAAUUUGGAUAAAAUUUUGGAAAUAAAUGUUCCAUUUGAAAUAAGAAACGUAGAGUUUCUCUCUGAAGAUGACCUUGCGGUGUACAAUGUAGAAAACGAAAUGAUCAAGUUUUCUCGCAUUCCGAAUACCAGGGAGUCCGAAAGUUCAAGUGAGGAAGAAAUAUUUGUCUAUAAAUCACGUAAUUCUGCUAACGAUUCCACUUUGAGAUGCUCUGGCUACUUCGAUUCCAGUCAAGUCUCAGAGUUCCUGGAGAACCAGAACAUCGUUACUCCUGCCAAGUUGGUGACCGGGGAUCGAACCCAGGUCGGAAUUUCUCUUGGAUUUCCAGAUUUGGAUGACGGUGAAGUGUAUGGAGUCAAAAGAUCUGAGACCCUUAGAAACUCGCCGAGUUCGAUAUUUCUUAACCCUUCGUUUGCAGCGGUUUCUUUAGUUGAUACCCGUUUUAUACCGAAACAGUCAUUGCCCGAUGAUAUCCAUCUCGCUGAUUAUCCAACGUCUCUAGAGUGGAUCAACGUACGAUCCAAGGUGCUUAGAUACUUGCCAAUUCCAACUAAUAAAUACGAGCACGCAAUGUCGCGAUAUUUAGCGCCGAUGCAUGGACAAAAUCUUGUUAUAUCUUCAGACGGUCAUUCAUAUGUUUAUACGUGUGACCCAUGGGGUACUUUGCGUCAAUGGGAAGUUAAUUAUGACUCAUUGCGGGCGUCGUAUCAGAAGUGGGUGAACAUGAUUGGGCAUCAGGACGAGCCAAUCAAAAUACGACAUUCACAGAGAGAGGCAACAGGACCGAAACAUGGCAAAGUAGAUGCAAAAGGCGAUCCGCACGUGGGUGGCAAUCAGUGGGCGGGUGGAUCCGGAGGAGCAGACACUGCGGGACUCGGAGGAGUGGGCGGACCCUACAGACUCAAUCUAGGACACCAGGUGUUCCAGGUGCCUGACUCGAUGAAGCAAAAUGUACCACCACAUGUGCUGAAGGCAGCCAAAGAGAUGCGUGACAAGGCUUUUGCAGAGAGACUGAAGGAGAUAGAAAUGAGUCAGUUCGAAGCAGAGACCUACAACUACGAAUCUGUCAAACAACAUAUCAACUCAGUCAGGGUAGUGAUUGACAGCUUGGAAGCCAAACAGAAAGACAGAGAGUGGCUCAAACACCAGACCCUGGGAGAACUGGACGACACCAAAUUAGUGGACUCUCUUUUGGGGGAGAAGUCUGUGUUCAAGAGGAGAGGGGAGAAAGACCCUCUGCCAGGGCAGCAGCAGAAGAAACCGAAGUUGUUGAGGCUGUUGUGUGAUGUUAGUGGCAGCAUGUACCGGUUCAACAUAUACGACCAGAGACUACAGAGACAGUUAGAAUCUGUAUGUAUGGUGAUGGAAGCCCUGAAAGGCUACGAGUCCAAAUUCAAAUACGACAUCAUCGGUCACUCGGGAGAGGACGACUCAGUGGAAAUAGUGAAACUUGACAAUGCGCCCUCGAAUGAGAAAGAGAGACUGCGGGUGUUGCAGACUAUGCAUGCUCAUUCGCAGUAUUGUCUGUCUGGCGAUUCGACGGUAGCUGCAUGUUCAAAGGCGGUCAAGGACUUGGCCAAGAUGGAAGCGGACGAAAGAUUCCUUAUUCUGUUCUCGGAUGCCAACUUCUCUCGUUACGGAAUCAGUCCCUCCAGACUAGCACGAGAGAUGCUGAGUGAGAAAGAACGAGUGAACUCCUUCAUCUUCAUCGGAUCACUCGGAGACGAGGCAGAGAUGAUGAAGAGUCAGUUGCCCUCCCAGAGUGCAUUUGUAUGCCUGGACACCAAGGAUAUUCCUGCGGUGAUUCGACAGAUAUUGACGUCUACUAUGCUGAAAUAGAAAUCGAGGAUACUUAACCGCUUCCUCGAAUAAAUUGGAAAUGAUUAAGAUUAAUAAUGCAGAGCUGAGCAAAAAGAAUUUUAUAGUAGAAACUAAAUGUAAAAAAGAUUUGAGCUGUUCUGUACUUUUGCGAAGCGAGUGUAUUAGUACGAACC